AUGCCACCAAAAAGAUAACAUCAUAAAACUUAGUCUUCAGAAAUCCCUCCCCAAGCAUUAAUGAGUUAUCUCUCAAAUAGAGAAUAAAUUUAAGCACGAUUCUCUAAUUCCCAGACCUUACAAAUAGAAUUCAAAGCUAACAAAUAAUUAAUCCAAUAAUAAAGUCCGUUGCUAAGAUCAAAUGGUUCUCAGAAUAAUCUAAGGAUUACAUAACAAUAGUAUUUGUUUAUUAUAAAAACUGAGACAAACGUAAAGAAAAGGUUCAUGUCUCCUAAAUUUGUUAGCCAAGAGUAAAAGCAAUUGUAAUCAAAAACUGUGAUGAGAUAAGUUGGAAACCACAUCAAGACACAACCACAUUCGCAUUAAAACUCUUAGUCAUCACUUAAUAAAAUUGAUAAAAUAUAAGACGAUUACAAGUAGUUAACACUUAUUUCUUCUGCUAUGCCAAAAUCAUCUGAGAUCAUGCUGACCCAACCUUAAUCUGCAAUGAAUAAAACUGAACUCACAUUAAAAUAGAAAGCAGACUUAGCAAUAUAAGAAAUGAAGUAACGAUAAUAAGAAGAAGAAUUUUUUUAAAGGAUAAACUCUUAAAAAUCUUUAGGAGUUUCAAGUGCAAAGCACUAAUCCCAAUUGUUUAUGUAAUCGAACUCCUAUAAAUCUAACAGCACCAAACAAUUAGAGGGUUAAAAAACUUAAGUCCACUCAGCUUCUUAACCAAUAAUUGAGAUUAAUCCAAAUAAACCAUUCACAAACAGAAAGUAAUUCUAGGAUUCCAUAAACAUCAUAUUACUCUGUAAAACGCAUAAAGAAAAGAUAACUGUAGAUGUCUAAUAAAAUUCUAUAUAAUAUUUAGUAGAUCUAGUUAAACAAAUUAUAAUGAAAAAUUUCGGAACCACUUUACCCACUGUUAUUGGAAUUAAAACCUGUAAUAUUUCGAUUCCUGUCGAUUAUAUCUUAACAAAAGUAGAGAGACCCUUAUCUUUGUUAAAUUCUAUUUAACUUCAACCUUUGAUUAUUGAACCUGUAUUCGCUUUGGAGAAUGAAAUCAAGACACCCAGAGUCAGUCUUAAAGACUUUGAAUUCAUAAGAUGCAUAGGUAUGGGAGGAUUCUCUAAAGUUUACAUGGUAAGAGAAAGAAGAUCUGGCUAAUAUUAUGCUAUGAAAUUGAUAGAGAAGAAUCCCAUUAUCUAAUAGAAUAAAUAAACAAUCAUAUAAAAUGAGAGAGAUAUUAUGUCUAUCCUUAAUCAUCCUUUUAUUGUGAAAAUGCAAUAUGCUUUUGAAUCUAGAAAAUAUUUAGUUUUUGUAUUAGAAUACUGUUCCGGAGGGGAGUUGUUUUACCUUUUGCGAAAAGUCAAAAGAAUGAAGGAGGAGGAAGCAUUCUUUUACUUCUCAGAAAUUUGUCUUGGCAUGAAACACUUACAUGAAAAUAACAUUAUUUAUAGAGAUAUUAAACCAGAAAAUAUCCUAAUUGAUUUUGACGGUCAUGUUAGAAUUGCAGACUUUGGAUUAUCCAAACCUAACAUGACUGAAUAAGAUAUAGGAUAUUCAUUUUGCGGAUCACCUGAAUACAUGGCCCCCGAGAUGCUAUUAAAAUCUGGACAUACAUUCCAGUUAGACUUGUAUUGCUUAGGAGCAUUGUUAUAUGAACUGGUUACUGGCUUACCUCCCUAUUAUUCGAGAAAUACUGAGGAGAUAUACACAAGAAUACUUAAUUAAAAGUUAAAUUUUCCUCCAUAAUUACAAAUGUCCCCAUUAAUUAAAGACCUAUUAAACAACUUGCUGGCUAAAAAUCCAAAAAAUAGAAUAGAUAACAUAGAAUCCUUAUUAAGACAUCCAUGGAUGGUUUAAUGGGGAGACAAAAAUUUAUAUAAGGAUAUUUUAUAAAAAAGGAUUGAAUCCCCUUUUAAAAUGGACCAUUAUUCGUUUAAUUUCGAUGAAGAAGAAUUUGGCUAGGGUGAGGCAGAAUUCUUAGCUUUCAUUAAGCCACUUUAGCAGAAUAUCUCUGAAAAUUUUCCUAAAGAAAUUAUAUUAAAACAAUUUUAUUAUAAUAGUAAUGAAGCCAAUUUUUAAGAGAGUACUGGAGGCACUAGAAAUAAUUAGAUGGAAUAAUAAUGCACUCAAAGGUAGAAGAGCAAAAGAUAGAAUACUUUUGAAAGUGAAAAUUAAAUGAACCAACAGGAUUAAAAACUCUAUUUGUUAAGCUAACUCAAAUUACAAACUGAUCACGAUUAAAAGAGAAAAUCUGCAUGA